UAUAAUCGUCACAACUCCAUUCUCAAACUGUAUGCCAAACGCAAAAUAGUAGCAAGUGCAUUUAAUUGAAGGAAUGAAUGUUGUUUACUGUAAUUCAUGUACUGAAUAAUAUACUACUAUUUUUUUGUAUUCACCUUGUGGAGGAACCAAACAAAUUCUGCAUUCCGUUAGAGUGGCAAAAAUUACAAAAAGAUGAUGAUGGUCAUGCCGAUAACAAAAGUUACAGCAACCAAAAAAUUGCUUCUAACUUGAACAAUGCAAAUUUUGGGUUAUAUUUGUAAAAAGAGGCACAGAAGAUGAAGAAAAGAGUGAUGGAGAAGAAAUUGUGUCAUAUUCCCUAUUUCAGGCUGCAGCUGUCAUAGACUCAGUUGCGAAUCAAAUGCAGGAAACUGUCAAGCUUAUUGAGGAAACAAGAGCUCCAAACUACGCUCCAUAACUGAUCAAACAAGUAGCGUCAAGCUAAGCCACAAUCUUAUAAAUAUAUUCCUGGUUGCGGAAGAUCAAUAGGUAGAAAUUCAGAUACUGGAGGCCAAGACAGUAGUUGCAAGAUGGCUAAGGCUGGAGGGGCCAAGUUACUAUAGAACAGUAGGACAUUUCUGUACAGGGAAGACCAAGGGCCUAAAAUUUUGUUGUAGUCAAAAGAACCUAUCUUAAAAGUCUGUAUUAGGCGUCUCUAGUUUGACUUGUGUUACAAGUAGCAAGGUUGGUGCUGGGUAAAGACUAUUGAUGGGAUUCAAGAGAGCACCUACCUUGUUGUGGUCUUGCCAAGGCAAGGAAUCACAGGUGAACUGCCGCAAUAUAGUUAAAGAUUUUGAUGGUGUAGGCAAUUGCUAGGGGUUUCCUAGUAGCACCCAAGAGGCCUUUGUGUUUCCAAUAGAUCAAGAGGAGUCAAUCUUGAUGCAGCUUACCACUUGUUUGAUGUGCAUCUGGUUAGGCUCUGGUAAAAAAGGAACUGAUGAGGAACUUCCAAGUCAGUCUCGCCCAAAGGAACACCCACGCACAUGUCGAAAAAGAAAAAGUAAAAAAAUAGCUGCUGCACCUGAUUCAGCUGUUCUGCUACGCCGUUCUGCUCGCCUCCGUGGACUGUCAAAUAGAAAGAAUGGCAAAUCAGAUGGAAAGUUAAACUCGGUCGACUUUGACUGCUACCUGGAGAACAUAUGGAGGGAACUACCAGAGGAUAAGAAAAGUUCAUUUGCAUACCUUGAGUCCAUGUGGUUUUAUUUAUACACAACCAAACUAUUCAAGCCUAAGGUGUUGAGGUGGAUUAAGGGGCUAGACAUAUUCUCGAAAAAAUAUGUUUUUGUUCCCAUCGUUCUCUGGGAUCAUUGGUGUCUUUUGAUCUUUUGCCAUUUCGGCGAAAGUUUAGAGUCAGAAUCCAAAACUCCCUGUAUGUUGUUACUGGAUUCACUGCAUAUGGCGGGACCCUCGCGAUAUGAACCUGAGAUAAGAAAAUUUGUUUUGGACAUUUUCAAAAAUGAAGAGAGGCCAGAGAGCCAGCAGCUGAUUAGGAAAAUCAAGUUAUUGAUUCCUAAGGUACCGCAGCAGACAAAUGGUACGGACUGCGGUAAAUUUGCUUUGUACUACAUUAGCCUUUUCCUAGAGAGCGCUCCGGAAAACUUUAGCAUAUCUGAAGGCUACCCUUACUUUAUGAAGAAAGACUGGUUUACUCCUGACCAGUUAGAAAGCUUUUGGCUGGAAUUGCCGACUCUGACCAAGGAUUCUUCUGAGGACAUGAAAAACACAGCAGUCUCUGGUGAAAGCGUCUCAGGUUCUGAGGAUGCUAUUAUAUAUCUGGUAUAGACAUUGUGGGUAAGAAGUAAAAUAGAGAGAUAUAUUGAUACUAUUGGAAGGACAAGUAACUAUGGGUCAUUGGGAUAUUUAAGGCUGUCUCUUUUGUUCUAUUUUCGCUCUUUUUUUGGGUGCUUAAGGAAAAAAAAGUCAAAAUGAGGACUUCUACAUUGUUUGCAGAAACAGAAAACAAUUUGUAUUAGUCUUGCUCAAGUUUUGUU